AUUGUGUCUAUCGAUAUUUUUGAGUUAUCGCUAGAUUGCCAUUGUUUUGUGCGCAUUAAAUUUCUUAAAAUUAAAGAAUCUUGUUUAGUUAGUUUAAAAAGGAUAUAGAAAAACUCUAUACAACUUACUUCAGCUAAAUAGACACUUGCAACCAAAACACGUGCCAAAACAAACGUUUUUUUUUUUUUUUGCUCAAGUAAUAAUUUAAAAAAAACAGCAAAAUGGGAAUGGUAACGAAGCGUAAGAAGAUGCACUAUGGGGAUACCCAUUUGCAAAGAAGAUGGCGUGUGCGUAAUCGUCGUCGUGAUCUGGACCAGAUUGAUGAUGAUCUGCGCACCAAGAGCGGUGAGCUCAUAAAUCAGAAUGUGGAUCUGGACAAGCCGGGAUUCGCCCAGUUCUAUUGUGUCCACUGCGCCAAGUACUUCAUAGACGACACCGCCAUGCAGGCCCAUUUCCGCACCAAGGUGCACAAAAGGCGGCUCAAGGCCCUGGAAGUCGAGCCCUACAGCAUCGAGGAGGCGGAACGCGCCGCGGGACGUGGCAGCUUCGUGAAGCCCAAGAAGAGGGCCAUGGAAACACAGCCCUCCAAGGAGGAUGUGGUUGCCGGCAAGAGGAUUCGUGUGGAGGAGGUCCCGGAAGGUACAGAUGCCGCUGAAUCCCCAUCCACAUCCAAAACGAAGCGCAAGAAAGCCGAGAAGAUGGAAACCUAAAUGGAAUAGUAACCCUGUGCUCUGAUCUAGCUUAGUGUUAAGUCCUCCGGGGAAUGGACUCUUUCCUUCCCCUUUAAAACUAUGUUUUCUUUCAAUUGCUUACUAUAAAUAUAACUAUUGUUUCAUAUAUAAA